GCCCAUUUGACAGCGGCAAAAGCUUUGACAAGCGAAAAAAGCCAAUGGCGGAUUUUUUAGCACCAGCUUUGGCGGGACAACACAACAGUGUGACAACAAGCAUUCCGUUGUUGGCGGUGUUUUCUGACUAAUUUAAACUAUUCGUGUGCUGCAGUUGCAGUACAUCAACAUGCCACGGAGAUAAAGCGCUGGUUCCGCAACAUAAUGUGUGUGCGACGGUACAAAGCAACGGACAAGGCACGGACCAACACACCGUAUGUAAGGUAACAGGUGGCAAGGGGAAACGCGUCAACGAGGCAACCGGUUCCUCCCACAGCCGGGCGUGUGAUCAUGAGCGAGAGAAAAUCACCCAACCGGCGGAAAAUCCGUGUUACGAAGAAGAAGAAGUCCAACGCCGCGUUGCUGCAGCAUGCCGACCGCUCGCUCACCUCACCGAACCCGGAGGAUGAAGACGAUGGUGACUUUGAACCGACAUCCAGCCGACGGUACGACAAAUCGCUGACCAUGCUGACCCGAAGCGUCGUGAAGAUGCUGCGAGACACGCCGGACGGUGUGCUGUAUCUGCGUGAUGUUUCAUCGACGUUGUCCAACCGACAGAAGCGACGCAUUUACGACGUGACGAACGUGCUGGAAGGAAUCGGGCUGGUCAAAAAACAAGUGAAGAACCACAUUAAAUGGAUCGGCGAAGAACCGACGACACAGUCUUGCCUCGGUACGGCGCGCCAAAUCGGGGUAAACAUGCGGGUGCGUCGAAAUCUGGAACUCCGCGAAGCGUACAUCGAGAGCCAGAUAAAAGCCAUCAGCAAAAGCACACAAAUGCUGCUUCAGGAUUCGGCGCUGCGAUCGUACCUGUACGUGACGAGCGACGAUCUAACGUCCGUCUUUGGCGAUAACCGAACGCUGCUCGUACUGAGCGAGGAUGAGCUCGCUCGGCGCAAACAACCGGAUGCCUACUACCACCCUUCACCACCACCACCACCACCACCCUUCACCGUCACCCCCAACAACAGCACGUCCCUUCCGCACGGUGGCAACACGCGACAGAUCUGGGUAAAAUCACGACCGAGCGGACCACCGUUAUCGUUGAUGGUGCUAAAGGAACCGGCCGGAUCAUGCUACACGCGCCCAAGCCGAAGGCCAGCCGUGCUCCGUGCGGGGGCCGAACAGCGGUACGUGAAGCUCGCCGACGAGCAGCACCUGGAAGGUGGUACCGUCGCAACGGAGCGAUCGUUUUCCCCCGGCAUGUACGACGAUUCGGACGAGGAAGAGUACGCAAAGAUUCAGCAGCAGCGGGAACGGCUCGCACGGAUACUGUUGGACGAUGGCAGCAACGAUGUGCACCACAGCCUGUACCGACCGCACGGCUGGAGAAACAGAAAGAGUGAAACGCGCGGCCUGCUCAUACCAUUCGUGAUGAUCAAACCGCGGUACUACGGCAGCUUCACGUUUUCGUUGCUCCCGCACGAAGGUGUGUUCGACCUGUUCGGGUACGCAACGGUCAGCAGCAGCAGCAGCAGCCACCAAAGAGCGAUGAGCGAAGAGCGCAGCCAGCUGGUGUAGCACGGCAAGUCGUCCGGCCUGAUGGUGCGGAGCAAAGCUUAGCUAUAGGUGAAUUCGUACGGAUUCCAUCCGUACCGCAUGUGGCCUGUUUGUGCGCCAAACAGUUCAUUUGUCCGUAGCAAUUUUCUAGACUAAUAUUUUCCCCCUAUCAUAAGUAUCAGACUGCCACAGUUCUUUGUACGUGCGUGUGUGUGUGUAUAGAGAGCUUUCAUAUAUUUUUUCCUUCGUCUAAAUUGCUCCAUCUAAAUUAUACACCAUCUCUUGUUCGUGAUGUCGUGAUACAUCUUUAUAUUUUAGAUAAAACGGACACUAUUAAGCAUCGUGCAAGCGUCUUUCGGUAAAUAAAUUAUAGCUUUGACCCACAUUCAA